ACCCCUCUCGCGCAAACAAACGUUCCCCAAUUAAUUCCGUUCCUCCCCUCCCCCAAGAACACAACUCAAGCGCACGGACGAGCCAAGAAACGAAUCUCUCCUUCGCCGCCGCCGAGGAACACGCCUUCCUCCCCCGGAGCACGCCACGAGCUCGCCCUCUCUCCUCCCCGCCGCUGGACCGUAGCAGAAAGGAGAUCGAUCCGGAGCGAUUUCUUGCGUUGGACAUUUAUAGUAGAACAAGAAAGGGUUCUGUUCUGCCAUGGCUUUCCCAGCUCCAGCAGCUGUUUUUCUGGAUGAGAACCUGCCAAUUCAUAGAGGCAAGAGGGUUGAUGGGCUGAAUGCCAAGCCUCUGAAGCCAUCAGCUAAGCCAUCAGCAAGGAAGGCCCUGAGGGAUGUGUCCAACACCAGCAAGCCCCCAGUGCCUAACAUUUCUAAAGGCACUGCUUUGAAGGACAGGUCCGUCCUGAAAGAGAAGUCUACUCUGCGCAGCCAAGAAGCCAUUAAGAAGAACCCAGUGAAGAAGGCUACAAUCUUUGCUGAUGAGGCGACAAAAAAAUGUCAUGAAUGGGCUAAGGAUGGUGUUGAGAGCACCCACUUCACUGGGAAUGAUGCUCAGAAGUUGGACAAUGACAAGCUAGACAAACGCGUCAAGAAGAAAGUGGAGAAAAUAAUGUCAGCAUUGCAUGACUGGCCAGAUGCAAUAUUUGAUCCUGUGGUGUUUCCAGCUAAGACAAUUGCAACAUUUUAUGAAGAAGUAAAUGGUCUGGAACUGGAGCCUGAGAUUCUUCCGGACAUCAGUAGGCGUCUCUCAAGUUCAGGUGAUCUUUCAAAGCUGGCUGAAGAUUCUUUUGGUGAAACUGAGCUUGACAAUUACCUAUUCCUGGAGAACAAGCCUAUUCAGUUUCAGCUGAAAGACGAGACUAGUUGCCAUCCUUUGAGCCUGAAAUGAACUGAAGAAUCUCUGUCCACCUGAAAACUCCAAACUCUUGUUUGUUUGUCAGUGUCUUUGCAAUGCUGCUUGCCCAGGAUCAGUUUAAUGUAGUAUUAGAAUGUUAGAUGUUGUUCUGCCAUCUGUCCUGUUUGUUUUGGCUUAGUUUGCAGUCAGUGAUGUGCAAAUGUGGCAGUGUAAGAAUUGAAGAUGCCGCAGAAAAUUUAGGUUCCUGUGUUGGUUUGAUCUCCAAUAUCCAGCUUGCUCCAUGUUCUGAUCUCUGAACCCUGCCUUGUUGGGGAUUAGGAUGAAUUUAGGGGAAAAUGAACUACCACC